CGUUGAUCAUGUCACCUGCCGUCGCCACCAACGGCUUCGCCGACACUCAGAAGGAGGAAGGCCCCAGCCGCCUCCCCCCUGUCUACAGUGAACUCCAAAGUAACCGAUUGAACCACUCCCCUCCCCUCCCAUCUAUCCUCAAAAGCUCCUUCAAAGUCGUUGAUGGCCCCCCUACCUCUGCUGCUGGAAACCCAAAUGAGAUAGCGAACUUGUUUCCAAAUCUUUAUGGAAAGCCAUCGGUUUCGUUGGUUCCUGGUGAUUCUGAGAUGAAGGGCCAUCAGAGUUUGAAGAUUGGAGUUGUUUUGUCUGGAGGGCAAGCUCCUGGGGGACACAAUGUGAUAACUGGGAUUUUCGACUACUUGCAAGAACGCGCAAAAGGAAGUACACUUUAUGGGUUUAAGGGCGGUCCAGCGGGCAUUGUGAGGUGCAAAUAUGUUAAGCUGUCUACUGAGUUAAUUUACCCUUACAGAAACCAGGGUGGCUUUGAUAUGAUUUGCAGUGGUCGAGACAAAAUUGAAACUCCAGAGCAGCUUAAGCAAGCUGAAGAAACAGUGAAGAAGCUUGAUUUGGAUGGGCUUGUUGUCGUUGGUGGGGAUGACUCAAACACAAAUGCUUGCCUUCUUGCUGAGAACUUUAGGAGUAAAAAUAUGAAGACACAAGUUAUUGGCUGCCCAAAAACUAUUGAUGGCGAUUUGAAAUGCAAAGAGGUGCCUAUAAGUUUUGGAUUUGACACUGCAUGCAAGAUAUAUUCAGAGAUGAUUGGAAAUGUCAUGACAGAUGCUCGUUCAACUGGAAAAUACUACCACUUCAUAAGGCUCAUGGGCCGUGCAGCUUCUCAUAUAACUUUGGAGUGUGCUUUGCAGACUCACCCAAAUAUUGCGAUUAUUGGGGAAGAGGUUGCUGCCAAAAAGCUAACAAUGAAGAAUGUUACAAGUCAUAUUGCAGAUAUCAUUUGCAAACGUCUGGAACUUGGGCUUAAUUAUGGUGUAAUACUUCUACCAGAAGGCCUUAUUGAUUUUAUUCCUGAGGCAAAACAGCUUAUUGCAGAGCUAAAUGAAAUUUUAGUUCAUGAUGUUGUUGAUGAAGCUGGGAUGUGGAAAAGGAAACUCAGAAGCCAAUCUCAAGAGCUUUUUGAGUUUUUACCUCAAGCAAUUCAGGAGCAGCUACUGCUUGAAAGAGAUCCACAUGGGAAUGUGCAGGUUGCCAGGAUAGAAACAGAAAAAAUGCUCAUCCAAAUGGUGGAAACUGAAUUGGAUCAAAGGAAGCAAGAAGGUGCAUACAAGGGACAUUUUCAAGGACAGCCCCACUUCUUUGGCUAUGAGGGUCGAUGUGGUUUUCCAACAAACUUUGAUGCCAACUACUGUUACGCUUUGGGUUAUGCUACUGGAGUCCUUCUUCAUUCAGGAAAAACUGGAUUGAUUUCUUCGGUGGGUAAUUUGACUGCUCCAGUUGAUGAAUGGACUGUUGGAGGAACAGCAUUAACAUCCUUAAUGGACGUUGAGCGAAGACAUGGGAAGUUCAAGCCUGUAAUUAAGAAGGCAAUGGUGGACCUUGAAGGUGCACCAUUCAUGAAAUUUGCAUCCAUGCGGGACGAUUGGGCCGCUAAGAAUCGAUAUCUAAGCCCAGGUCCUGUUCAAUUCGUUGGGCCGUUUGCAAAUGACAUCAAUUAUACUCUAAUGCUGGAGCUGGGGGCUCAAUUUCCAUAUUAAUCAUCAGCUGUCUUAAAAUCUUGACGUCCAAUAAUGUUCUUUUGCACACAAAAAUAAUCAAGAUGUAAAUAAACUCUACUUUAUUUACCACUAUCAAUCUUACAGUUUUGCUCCUUGAAGAAGAUGUAUAAACCACUAGAAGGAAUAAAUUUACUUUACUAAAAUUUACUUAAAUGCAUUGCAACA